UUUUUUCAAACAAAAUUAAGUAUAGUAUUCUUGCAGUAAAGGAGAAGGACUACUUGCUAUACACCCAGAAUUUGUCUGCUCGUCCCCUCGAGCGCAAGUGAACGCUAUACACAACGAAUACUUUUUAAUUUAGUUCAAGUUCAUUCUCUUUCGUAUUUAAGUUUAUCAAUUUGUUUUCUUUUACUUUUGCACAGUUUUGACAUAUUUACGCAGCAUUUCCAUUUGUAAUCUCUUCACUUACUUUCCCCAUAAAAAAGAAAGAGCAGCCCCCCGCUCAGGUAAUUUUCGAAUCAACAAAAAAAUCUCUCUCCAAAACUUACCGAAGAAAUCUUUUACCAAACGAUUUUCCAGAGCUUUCUACUGUGUACAUUAAAAGAAAAAAAUCACAAAAAAAUAAAAAAAGAGGCGCCAAAGCAAGCAACUACCAAAAAACAAAAAAACAAAAAAAAAUCGAAGUAAGUUUUUACAGACCUAAUCUGCUGUGUGCAUUAACAAAAAAGAAAAAAGCCACAAAAAAACAAAAAAAAGACGCCAAAGCAAACAACUACCAAAAAACAAAAAACAAAAAAAAUCGAAGUAAGCUUUUACAGACCUAUUAAAUUUUGAAGCGGAAGAAGCAUUUAUUCAUUUCAACCAAGCGAGCUUUAAACUUAAACACGACCAACACAAAGCAGGUUCAGAGCAAGCAAAAAUCUUCAGUCCACAGUUGGAGCUACUUUUCACCUUCUAGUACGACCUAAACGAACAGCACGACCAUGAAAACGCGCCCGAACAAACCGAUACAGCUGGUGCUGCAGCUGCCAGCGCAGUUGCUUCUGCAUUCCACAACUUCCGGGAGGUUGUUGGUGUUACCGACUUUCGCCGCUGCUGCAGAGGGAAAUGAGCCUGCGUCGGUACUAGACACUCCGCUCGGUGGUCGUGAUCAUCAUGCCGUCGGUGACAAUUUCUUUUUUGGGAACGGCACCGCUAUCAGCAUGCUGCAGCAGUUAUACUCUGCCGUCAAGACCACGGCUGUUAUCACGUGGGACGAUUUUUUCGGUCCCCCUUCAUCUUCUCACUUCAACAGAAACGUAGAUGUUUUUUUUUGCAUGUUUCUGUUUCCAAAACAAGACGUUGGUUUCUGCUGCUUUAGUUUUUCUUGCUGCCUCCACAGGGCGUCGCUCGUCUAAGCGGACCGUCAAUACAGCUGCAUAGAGUAGUUGCAGAUGUAUAUAACUUUUCUUUGCUUAGGACAAUUGAAGAGAGAGAGACGUAGGGGGAACCGAUUGCGCAUCAGCAUACCUUUGUCCUUCGGCCGGAAUCUCCCGGAAGGCCACGACAGUUCCCACGAGCCGGCACGCGAAUCGCCUUCGCCAACCUACGAGUUCAAGGAGGAUUAUCGGCCGCGGCUGCGAGGAAGCAAACGCAAGAAACAGAUGCCCACUGAUGAUAUGGAGCAGGGAGCCGGGUGGAAAUUUUCAAAUUGGAGGUUUUCGAGUCUAGUUCUGUGUGGCAAGUCAAUUUGGAUGCUUGAUGCAGCUGGAUAUUGCUAGACUACAGAGAAAGCACACAAAGACGGUUUGCUAGGCCUUCGCUAAUUGGCAAUAUCAGGCUUGGACUGGCCAAGGCGUGCUAGUUCCGCUUCUCUCUCGAAACUUGCUCGGAAUUCCCAAGCUUUCUCGAAGAGCUUAACUAAACAGAACCCCUAGAAGAACUAGGCUGCAAGAUGACGAACAGUUCGGUUUUGUGUUGCAGACAGUUGUAAUUAACAGUUCUACAACAGAUCUUUCCUACAUCCACUUUGAGAACCUCCCCCCCUGACGCUUCCAUAAUUAAAGAGUUGUCUCGCGGGAGCAUUUUGGACCAAGUUCAGCCCCCAGCGGAGACGAACAGUCGUGGCGCAACGGAAGGAUCGGUGGAUGAACACCAGCACAAAUCUUCCGCGCUGGAAAAGGGGAACAAGGGAGACUCUUCUGCUGGGGCGGCACAGGAGAAGCAGGGCGAGCACCAGCCUGAUUCGUCUGUCUUGCAGGAGAAGGAACAACAGCCGGUCGGGGAGCAACCGGUGACGAAGCCGGAAGAGAAGCCGGCGGGUGAAGAAACGGGGAGGGAGAAACCCGCUGACAUGGGAAAGACCUAUGACAAACCGAAAAAAGACUCUCUGACGGAGAACACCGGCACGAAGGAAAAGCAAGACGCAGCUGGCACGGUCUCUGGUACCGACGAUAUUUUCUUGUUGUCAAUGAAUUUUCAAUCGCCAAGAUGAAUCGAUAUCGAAUAUGAUGACGCGUGGCGCUGGAGUGGUUCUACAGGUCGACAUGCGCAAGCAUUGACAACCCUGGUCUAAUGUGCAUCAGGGCAGAAUUUUGAAUCUUCGAGUCGUUGUCGUGCGUCAGCAUUGCUUGCUUGAUUUACGUGGCAAAUUUCCGGCAGCUCUUGAUGGUUCUUUCAAACAAAAUUUCUCUAUUUCAGGUGCGGAGCAGAAGGAGGGCGCGGAGAAGGAGCAGCCUGUUUUUUCUGCUUUGCAAAAGAAGGAAAAGCCCUGCGAGGGCAGCGCACAGAAGGGCUGCAGGAAGACUGCACAGGACGAAGAGGAACACGAAUUUGCGGCAGCGAGGAAGGAUGAACAUCGCAGUGCGACGAACACGCAUGACAAACCGGACGGCGGGAACUUCCACGGGGACGGAGAGGAAGGGGCUGCUGUUGCCGGUGCGGAGCGGAAAGAAACCGGUGGUGUUGAAAACGUUGGCGAUUAUUUGCACGGCGGCAGUGCCGGUAAGGGUUUACUAACGCGCCUCGCCUAUUGGCAAGAAAGUCAAUAUUAUGUGUUUUCUGUGCGUAGUCAAUUUUAUCGUCGUGGGAUCCUAGUACGUAGUAGGUAGUUGUUAGUAGUUCUGUACGUAGCUUCAAUUCCAAUUCGUGGAACGGAAAGGAAUUCGUCGCGUCAGUGUUGACGCGUCACUGCUUCCAAAAUUACCACGAUAUCAGGUGCUUGGGGCGAAGGAUCUGGAGAAAAACUGGCGUCGGGGUUUGUCGAAAAUGGGAACGGCGUGGAUGCAGGGAGUUUGGAUCCUCUUGCCUGGCUAAAAAACAAGCCAGAGACGAAAUGGGAGUUUCGCAGAAAGGCUGGGCUUCACGCACUACUGCCUGACCCGCAGGUCGGAGCGAGUCAGGACACCGACGAUGGAGCACAAACGAGAGAAGAAAUAAUAUAUGCGGAACGUAGUAAAUUGCGGAGACAAGCUCACGCGUCUUCGAUUAAGCCGCUGGCCGAUAUCCGGUCUCUCGAAGCAUCUGCGGUAAAAGUUGAAGAGCAAUUCAAGAAGAAAAAAAAGCUGCUCCGGGGCGAGAGGACGAAGGAGCGCGCGGUGUAUUGGUUUCUCAAGUAUUUAGCGAUAGAAGCGAGGCAGCGAGAGUUGGGAGCAGCAUCAGUUGGAGACGAUACCUCAAGCGAAGACGGAGAACUGCCAGUUGUACGCGGAGUAACCCCACUCACAACCGUUGAACAGCUUCAACGCGUCGUCAAGGCAAUGCUCGACAUCUGCGAUACCGAAAUCCUUGUGAAAAAAGGUGCUAACGGAAAGUGGCAAUCCAGCAUGUUGGGCACAGUGGCAGUGGUAGCGCUCGGGCACCAGAACAUCCUUAAUUAUUUUAAGCACACGUUCGAUGCUGGUCUCGCUCCAGGUCAAAUAUUGAACGGCGCGAGCGGUCUGCAAGACUAUCUUCUGCAACACGGCAGACAAGAUCAAGAAGAGCGCCGACGGCAAAAGGCGGAAAGCUUGACGGCGAAGGAACAGGAAGGAAUGACUGGUUUUAUGGUUUAUGAGACGGCAACUGCCGUAAUUGCACGACUGCGAACAGGGCAGGACAGUGAUUCUGGUGACGAGAAUUUUUUAGAGCCGCGACACCUGAACCACCCAAACAUGACUCGCGAAGAAAAACAUCAGUACCAACAGGCAACCCCUCCACAGAGCGAUUGA